ACAAGGAUUAUACAGGUGAAUGAACCAUGAAUUGUAUUAGCUUAUUCAUUAAGGGCAAACUUAGUUGUGAUAAACUACUGAGAAAAUAAUGCCUGUCAAAUCAGUGUUCAGACAACUAUUAGGAUGGAACAAGAAUCCCAUCUGUGGAAAUCUUAAGGAAUUUGAUUAUGGUUCUGAUUAUUCCAUCUCUUAUUCAGAAGGCCCGCUUGAGAGAUGGGAGAAGAAUGCAAAAACAGGGGGAAACAGAAGAGUAGUUGUUGUGGUUGAUGAAUCAAAGGAAUCCAGGAUAGCCCUGCAAUGGACUCUCAUUCAUGUUGUCAAUCACACCCACCAGCUCAUACUGCUUCACAUACUUGAUAGUUCUCUGGUUUCUUGGAGCCGUGUGGGAUCUAUCACCCGUGCUGAUGGUCUUUUGUCCAAAACUGAUGAGAAUGCUGAAAAGAACAAGUAUAGAGAAAAGGCAUUAGCUUUCACCAAAUCACUGGAAACUUUCUGCAUAUCCAUGCGUCCAGAUGUUAAGGUUGAGUCAGUGGUUUCAGAAGGAGGGGAUAAGACAAGUACAGUUGUGAGAUGGUCCAAACAAUUGGAAGCUUCCAUUCUGGUUGUGGGUCAGAAAAAACCAUCUAUGUUUGGCAGAGUUUUUAGUGGCCUGAAGGAGAAUAUAGCUGAAGCCUGCAUUGCUAAUACAGAGUGUCUGACUGUGGGUGUGAGAAAGAGGAGCUCUAAGUAUGGAGGGUACAUGAUCAAUAGCAAGGAGGUCAAAAAUUUCUGGCUUUUGGCAUAGGCAAUCUACCUCCUUAAGAGCAGUAUCUGUGUUCCUUAAUGGUUUUCCAGUUUUAUUGGGAAAGAAAUUGUUUCAGUUUUUCAAACAAGAU